CUUCAAUGAAAGUAUAAACUAAUAGUGUGGAUCGAAAUGAAUGGUAGUUGUUUUUAUCGACGGGAUAAAUGGACGAAACAGCUGAGAAGGAAACUGGCGGGAAAGAGUACGGAUAUAGAUCUUGUGACUACCAAGUGACCGCUGAUUAUUUUACUUUUUUUAAUACCAAGAAAGAAAACAAGAUAAUCAACAAUGUCGGACGCAGAGUUGUCAGAUAUUAAUGACGAUGACGAUAUCGUUCGUAAAUAUGAAAACAAUGACAUAGUUACCGAUAAUAGGCAAGAUAAUGAGCAAGAUGGUUAUGUGUCCGCCGAAGAGGUUAAUGCUGAUGGAAGUGGUUAUGAAGAAAAGAAGAAAGUUAAACCGCCAAAGAAAAGAACUUUAAACAAAAGAUUCGUUCUAAAUACAGAGAGAUUGAAAGGGCCCAAAGGUAUCCACACAAUUGAGAAACUUUAUGAAGGAUUCAAGUUCCAAGGUAAAGGUCAUGAGAAAGAAGACCUCGAUAAAGUAAUGAAAAGGCUUGAAUACUGGGCUUUCAGAUUGUAUCCCAAGUUACAUUUUGAUGAUUUUCUGGAUAAGUGUGAACAUUUAGGUCACAAGAAAGAUUUGCAGACUCAUUUGAAGAGAUACAGACUGGGAUUGUUGUCAGCCGAUGACAUACGUCCUGAAUUCAUAGUAGAAAAUGACGAUGAUGAUGACAGACAGAAUAAUUCUGACAUUCAGAGAACUGAAAACCAAUCAAGAAGUGAAAUCACCACCGAGAUAGAAGAUGCUGAGUUUCAGAGAUUAUUUGAUGAGGUAGACCAGCAACAGCAUCAGCAAUUGGAACUAACUACAGAAAACAUAUAGUGAAUUUUUUAUAAACUUAGAGAGAGAAAGAUUGUUUAUCAACUGAAAAUAAUGUUGUAGAAUAGUUUUUUAUUUUGUACUCAAGAACUUAAGUGUUUCAUUAAUAUAAAACUUACAAAUAAAUGUAUUUUAUUAAUA